UCUCCAUAAGCAUUCCUGUCAAAUUUUUCCUUGACCUGUAUCAACGACUUGUCGUCAGUUUCUGACUUUUAGAGGAAAGUGCUGCUUCAAGGCCUUGAAGAUUGCGCACUGUGUGUGCCUGUGAGGAGCCUGUGUGAGCCUGCUGGCCAGGAUCCUUGUGCAUAUACAGGGUGCAGACUCUGAAGAAGGAAAGACUUGGUAGCCAUGGCAACUGCCUCCCAGCGUGAGCUCUUCUAUUCUGCUGGGCUUCUGGCUCUGGUCUUGGCUUGCUACUCUAAUGCCCUCUCCUGUGGAUUCGUCUUUGAUGACCGGUCAGCGAUCGUCGAGAACAAAGACCUCCGGCCAGACUCGUCCACCUUCGAUUUGUUUUCGAAUGAUUUCUGGGGGAUGCCCAUGCACAAGGAAAGAAGUCACAAGUCAUACCGUCCUCUGUGUGUUCUUACCUUCCGUCUCAACUACGCUCUUGGAGAGUUAAACCCAUGGGGUUAUCACCUUGUCAACGUGGUGCUGCACUGGGCGGUGUGUGUCCUCUUCUUGAAAGCGGCCAAACAAAUUGUAGAUGAAGAGAGCAGUGUCAACGCAUCUCUUCUCUUUGCUGUACAUGCUGUUCACACUGAAGCGGUUACUGGAGUGGUAGGUAGAGCUGAACUGCUGUCCUCUGUCUUCAUGCUACUAUCGUUCAUGGCUUACGUCAAAGCAGCCGAGGCCAAUAGCACCACAAACUGGAAGUAUAUGAUGUGGUCGGGUUUGCUCAUUGCCAUGGCCACCAUCUCCAAAGAACAGGGCAUUACUGUGGUUGGCAUAUGCUGCAUCUAUGAAAUCUUUUUCCUACAGAAGUUCUCACUUAAGGCAUUCAUGCAGCAUCCUAAAUCGAGAGGUUCAAAGGCAUCGCAGAGCUCAUCACCCAAUUCUCAGGCUUUGUGGAGGGCUGCUCCUAGGUUGGGAUUCCUGAUGACAUCAUCUGGGCUGUUACUAUGGGGACGGAUGAUCAUCAUGGGGGCAAAGUUGCCCUCCUUUACCAGAUUUGAUAACCCAGCUGCCCUGUCGCCCUUCCCAACUCGUCACCUGACCCACUUAUACCUUCUGCCAGUCAACGUUUGGCUCCUCCUCUGUCCCUCAACUCUGCUCUGUGAUUGGACAAUGGGAACCAUCCCACUGGUGACCUCUCUCAGUGACCCUCGUAACCUGGCAACCCUUUUACUGGUGUCCUGCCUCUUCCUACUGGUGCUGUAUGCAGUAUUUGCAGAAGAGAAAAUUUCAUGCCAACUUAUAAUGGCUUUAUCGUUUCUUGUCCUGCCAUUCUUGCCAGCUAGUAACUUGUUUUUCCCAGUUGGGUUCGUUGUUGCCGAGAGGGUGCUCUACACUCCUAGUAUGGGAUACUGUUUGCUUGUUGCCAUAGCGAUGGAGAGAUUACAAGCCAAUAGAAGGCCCAUGAGGUAUGUCGUUGGUGGCAUCUUUGCCGUCAUCCUGCUUUUGCAUGCUGGAAAAACUAUCCAAAGGAAUCCUGAUUGGGAGAGUGAAUAUUCUCUCUUCAGCUCCGCCCUGAAGGUUACCCAGAACAACGCUAAGCUGUGGAACAACGUAGGUCACGCUUUGGAAGCAGAAAGCCGCUGGGAAGAUGCCUUCAUCUAUUUCAAUAAUGCCGCAAUGGUCCAACCAGAUGACAUAGGGUCAUGGAUCAACGUCGGGAGAACGUACCGUCAACUCGGUAAGCCAGCCGAGGCGGAGGCAGCAUACAGGAGAGCGAUGAAAUUGAUGCCCCAGCCCAGGAAGGGAGAGCAGUACUUGGCCCAGAUUGAUCCAAACCAUCUCAAUGUGUACCUCAACCUGGCGAACCUGAUCAAGAAGAAUGAGAGCAGACUCAAAGAAGCAGAAGAGCUUUACCUUAAGGCGAUCAGGAUGCGUCCUGACUUUGUGGAAGCGUACAUCAAUCAAGGAGAGAUUCUGCUGAAAAGAGGCCAGUUAGACGAAGCAGAGUCCCUCUACCAACAAGCAGCUCAAUUAGAACCACUCAAAGCAGAUAUACACUACAAUCUUGGGAUAGUAGCCAUGAAAAAACGGCAGAAGCCGAAAGCACUCAAGCAUUUUGAUCGGGCUGUGGAGAUAGAUCCCAAGCACAAGAUGGCGCUAUACAACUCUGCCCUUUACAUCCAGGAAUCUGGCAAUGCUGCUCGAAGGCAAGAUGCUAUCAAGAGGUAUGUUAUGUUGCAAAAUUACAGUAAACGAAACUUUCAAUUCCCUUUUUCUCUAGAGAAGGUGAUAGAGAUAGAUCCAGAGAGUGAGAUGAGCUAUUCUACGCUAGGAAUGCUAGCUGUAGAUGAUAAUGAUAACCCGGGAGCUCUUCAAUAUUAUCAGAAAGCAUUGGAGAUCAAUCCUUCUUCUCGGCAUGCCCUUUUCAACAUAGCUAUGAUUCAUUCGGACGACAAGCACCCUCUCCAGGCCAAACCAUAUCUAGAAACUCUCCUCCAGCAUCACCCUAACCAUACCAAAAGUAUGCUCCUGUUAGGUGAUAUCAUGCUUAAUUCCCUCCAAGACGUCAUCAAAUCUCAACAAUUGUUUCAGCGGAUAGUGGACCUAGAACCUUCCAACGUCCAGGCCCAGCAUAACCUCUGCGUCAUCAUGGUCCAGAAAGGUCUAUUCAUGGAGGGUGAGCAAUGUCUGUUGGACGUCCUAGAGAGGGCGCCACAUGCAGAAUUUGUGCGGACCAACCUGAGCAUCCUGAGACAGAAGAUCAAGGAAAGAUCAACGGCGAAGCAAGAGAAGGAACCGAGCAGCGAUACGGGCGUUAGGUGACGGAUCAUGUGAAACAGUUUCGUCAAAGAUUCCAGUGUGCUUUAUUUCCAGAGCCCCGUUUACAUAUGCUGCGAUAAACUGCCGCAGCGGUCUUCCGCCGAGAUGGAAUAAAAUGAGAUAAGCCUAAUUAAUCAGCCUCAAAUUUUUGUACCUUUAAUAUACAGAUAAGAGAUUACCCGCUGAACCUGAAGCUACAAUUUUUAUGCCUCCGCACAAAGUAGCUGGAGGCAUUAUGUUUUCAGGUUGUCCGUCCGUCCGUCUGUCUGUCUCGUCCAUCUCGCUUAAUCUCAAAAACCAAUUGACGGAUUACUAUCAAACUCAAGACAUUUAUGUAUCUAGUAGAGCCAAAGAACCGAUCAGAUUUUGGGGUCACGAGGUCUUAGGUCACAGGGCUCAUU